AUGGAACUAAAGGCCCUCUCUAGUAAUUGGAAGAAGCUCCAGGAGACUUUGAAGAAGGACGUCUCCACACCCCCUACACAAAAGCGCAAACGAUCCGAUCGCGAACCCCAGAAUGACCUGGUGAAGAAACGGAAAAGCGCCGCAGAAGCAGGAAAGCGAAAUUCGACUUCACGGACUGUGCAAGCCCCGAAAAAGCAGAAAAGAAUGUCUCAGGGGACUCCUGACAAGAACGCAAGUGCAAACGAGACUUCUAAUGCGGUAGUGUCGAGGGAAAAUGAGGGCCGUUCUCCAAAUGUUGAGAUAGGCAAGUACAUUGCGAUGGAUUGCGAAAUGGUUGGAAUUGGCCCGGAUCCAGACAAUGACUCUGCCCUUGCCCGGGUCAGUAUCGUUAAUUAUAACGGCGACCAAGUAUACGACUCAUAUGUACGGCCUAAGGAGAUGGUGACGGACUGGAGGACACAUGUUAGCGGGAUUCUUCCAAAGCACAUGGCAGAAGCGCGGUCUUUGGAACAAGUACAGAAAGAGGUUGCGGAGAUUCUCGAAGGACGGAUACUUGUGGGACACGCUCUUCGAAAUGAUCUAGAUGCGCUACUUCUCAGUCAUCCCAAACGCGACAUCAGGGAUACCAGUAAGCAUCCUCCAUAUCGGAAAGUCGCUGGUGGGGGGUCUCCUCGACUGAAAAUCCUGGCCUCUGAGUUUCUCGGACUAAAUAUUCAAGCCGGCGCACAUUCCAGCAUGGAGGAUGCAAAAGCUACGAUGCUUUUGUAUCGGCGGGAUAAGGAUGAGUUCGAACGAGAACAUCUGAAAAAAUGGCCGGUUAGAGCACUGCCGGAAAGCAAAGAGAAUGGAGGCGAUGAGAAGAAAAAGAAGAAGAAGAAGAAGAAGACGCGCAAGAGGUGAGCUGAACUUGUCCUAGAAUUAUCCUAGAUAUACCCCAUUCCGAGUUGUAUACAGAUAAGGAUAGAACACU